AUGGCGGCGCUGCUGGUGACGGUGCUGGGGGCGCUGGUGGCCGCGGCCGCGGGGCAGUGCCCCGGCGCGAGCGACCUGCAGGCGGCCGACGGGAGCCGCGCCUGCGCCCUGCUCUACACCGACGACAGCGUCUACUACGACCAGUGCUGCGGCGGCAAGUCCCUGGUGGUGGCUCCCGACUCCGACGUGCCCUACAUGCCGCUGGGCUACUCGGGCCGCAUCUCCUCGCUGGUGGUGGGCACCGGCUGCCAGCUGAACGUGUGGUCGCGCAGCGGCAAGAAGGGCAAGACCAAAACGUUCAAGGCCGGCGCGGUGCCGCGCUUGCAGGAGGUGAAAAAGGGGCUCUUGGGCAACUGGGACAACGCCAUCAGGUCCUACUACUGCACGUGCAGCUGA